UCAAGCCUGCAGAUUAAAACAGUAUGUAAUGCUGUAUGUAUUAGUAUUAGUAAUGUGAUAUGUGUGAGAAAUAAAAUGAAAGGAACAUAACAACAGUAAGUGAUUAACAGAGAGAUAUAGAUGUUGUCUAAACAUCAACAAGACUUGCAAGUGAUAUUUUAAGAUAAAGAGCUGAAUGUAACAGGCAGAAUUACUGAACUGGUGCAUAAUUACAGAACUGGCAUCUACGCAGCCCCUAAUUGGUCAAUUAUGUUGUUUGCCAUCUCUCCCUGGUGAGGGAAAUUGUUUAUUUAAUGGACUGACCCCCCUCCUCCUUCUUACUUUGCUUCUCUUUCCUCUCCUUGGACAUCACAUGUGACAUACCCUCCCUCAUCUCCUGGACUCUUCUAAAGACUUUUAUUAAGCCUCAGCACAUGGGCAUGAAACAACUUAAACUGCAUGAUGGAUAAUUUUUUUGCAGUAGGACAAAAGCAAGUCAGUGAGCAGUGACCAGAUUCUGAGUGGAGUGUUUGCUUUACUUGCUGCCUCAGAGAGUGGAAAAGCCAUAUUGCAAAUAUAAUUUCCAUUGUAAUGGCAGAACCUGGGCAGGCAGAGAUCAGUAUGGAAGAACUGGCAUUAGACAUUGAAACUUCAGAACGGCACAGAUCACUGCCUGCACAACCUCGUCAGGAUGAUAACUGGGGUGAGACUACAACAGCUGUCACUGGCACCUCAGAACACUCUCUGUCUCAGGAGGACAUUGUUUGUAUCAGCAAAGACCUCGACGACAGCGUGGGCCUAGACUGCAAACAUUAUCUAAAUGUGGCUCUGUCUGUCAUCCUGGGACUCGUGGUUCUUCUGACUCCACUUGCCUUCCUUAUCCUGCCUCACCUCCUCUGGCCUGAUAGACUGAGAGCCUGUGGAACGGCCUGUGAAGGUCUCUUCAUAUCUGUGGCAUUUAAACUGCUGAUUUUGUUGUUGGCAGUGUGGGCUCUAUUCUUCAGGCCACCCAGGGCUGGUUUACCAAGAAUCUUCAUCUUUCAAGCCUUAUUAGCCACAUUGGUGCUACUGUUUGUGCUUUCCUAUUGGUUGUUUUAUGGAGUACGCAUCCUGGACUCACAGGAUGAAGACUAUCAAGGGAUUGUACAGUAUGCUGUUUCACUAGUGGACGCUCUGCUCUUUAUCCACUACCUGGCCGUUGUGCUGCUGGAGCUCAGGCAGUUACAGCCGUUCUUCUCUCUGUGUGUCACCCGCUCCACGGAUGGAGCAACACAACACUAUAACUUGGGUCAACUCAGCAUUCAGAGGGCAGCAGUGGUUAUCUUAGAGAACUACUACAAAGACUUCCCUGUCCAUAACCCCGCAAUACUAACAGCUUCCAAGUCCCGCACCACCAAGCACCUGGCAGGCCUCAAAGUCUACAACGUGGAUGGUCCGGGAGGGAAUAAUGGAGCUGCAGGUAUAGCCCAGUCUCAGUCUCGAGCAAUGAUUGCUGCUGCCGCCCGCCGCAGAGACAGCAGUCAUAACGAACUCUACUAUGAAGAGGCCGAGCAUGAGAGACGUGUUCGCAAACGCAGGGCUAGGCUGGUGGUGGCAGUGGAGGAGGCAUUUACACACAUUCAUCGCAUGCAAGAGGCGGAGCAGAAGAAGGCAUCUGUUGACGUGAUGGACCCACGUGAAGCAGCUCAAGCCAUCUUCCCUUCCAUGGCCCGAGCACUGCAGAAAUAUCUCCGCACCACCAGACAACAGCACCUUCACAGUAUGGAGAGCAUACAGCAGCACUUGGCCUUCUGCAUCACAAACAACAUGACACCCAAGGCAUUUUUAGAGAGUUAUCUGACCACAGGCCCUACACUGCAGUAUGGAAAGGACCGCUGGCUUGCUAGGCACUGGACCCUUGUCAGCGAAGCCUCAGUUACCAGUGGUCUGAAAGAUGGGACCAUUUUUCUGCUCAAAUGCAUUGACUUUAACUUAGUGGUCACUACCAAAAAGAUACCUUAUAUUCAGCUUGCUGAAGAAUUCAUUGACCCAAAGUCACACAAGUUUGUGCUUCGACUGCAGUCUGAGACUUCAGUUUAGAGAUUUUUUGUUUUUUUUCAGCAAAAACUUAUUUUCUUCUGGGAUGUAUUUUUGUUUGACUUUCAAAUAAUAUAUAUGUAUAUCAAAUAUUGCAAUAUAUUCUUUAUACGUU